AUGGCUGGAGUCAUGUACCCUCCCUACCCCCUUCCUGACUAUGGGCCCACUUACCGGCAGCAGCCCCCCUUCUACAAGCCCAAGGGGCCCUACUGGAAGCCUCCCUACAAGGUGGCCCCGGGGCCCAUGAAGUCGGCCCUGCCCUUUGACUGCCUGGAUAACUACCGGUGGGCUCAGCUGAAGGCCUUGCUCAGCCAGCUGGGCCCGGAGCUGGGGCUGAGCCGCUCCUACACCAAGGAGGUGGGGGUCCAGGUCAACCCCAGAGUGGACGCCUCUGUUCAGUGUUCACUGGGGCCCCGCACGCUGAAGAGCCACAAGGGUGGCCCCUACUGUGCCGGGCCACACCGGGGGCAGCACGCCGGCCUGCGUAUCGUCACGCCGGUCCGCUUUCCUCGCACCGUGGCCGUGUACUCCAGACUGUCAGACCGGAGACUGUUCACCCUGCCCCCGGCCCAAAGGAGCGAGGGGGAGCAGCCGGAGGACGACUGGGGGAGCAACACUGGGACCAAGAGACCCACCAUCCAGUUUCUGGAGCAGAAGUAUGGCUUCUUCUACUGCCGGAGCAGCCAGGUGCGGUGGGAAAGCGCCUACGUGUGGUGCGUAUCUGGAACCAACAAGGUUUACUUCAAGCAGUUCUGCCACAAGUGUCAGAAGGGCUAUAACCCCUACUACGUGGAGUCCAUCGAGUGCAAGGUACCAAUCUGUGGGGGAAACCUCUGA